AUGUGGUUGCUGCAGCUAGAGCCGGAUCUGGCGCUCCUGCAGUCGGCACAGGCAGCGCUGGAGAGCAGCGGCUUGCACAUCGCGGCCACGUCGGCGGACGACGGAUUUCUUGUGCUGAGCUUGGGGCAUGACAUCAAGACAGCGGGCCUGGCAGAAGAGGUGUCGCAAUGCUACCAGGUCGUCGAGCGUGUUCAGCCAGUGCCCGUCUUUUGCGCGAAGGUGACCGACGAAGUGGCCGCGGCAGCAGCGGCAGCGGUGGCGGCGCUGAGGUGGCGCGGCGGCGAACCUGCUGCUGUUGCAGUGGGGGAGCCCCUCAUCGACGCCCUGGCCAGGGCCGGCCUGCUGAGGGCCAGCUUCCCGCUCCGCGACCCCGCAACGCUGCACCGGCUGCGCGCCAGGGCCCUGCGGAGCGUGCUGCUGCCUGCCACCGCCUUCAGGUCCUACUUUGGUGAUUGCAUAGGAUUCUACUGCGCCUUCGCCAACGCCGUCCUGGCCUGGCUCCUGGCGCCGGCCGUGCUCUCGGCGUACCAUGCUCUGGCCGCCUGCAGACGAGCAGGCGGCGUUGUCCCCAGCGACGACCCGUGGGCGCCGGUGGUCAGCUGCUUCUGCGUGUUGUGGGGUGCCCUGGGGCUCAAGCUGUGGGUCCGCCAGGAGGCGUGGCUCGCGCUGAGGUGGGGGGUGUCCCCCUUGUCAGCAGAGCCCGGCAGGGACGACCUGGCGCCCGGCUUCCGAGGCUACCCGCGCCGCAGCCCGGUCACGGGGGCGGUGGAGCUGCAUUACCCGGCCCUCAGGCGCGCCGGCCGUGCUGUCCUGAGCGCGGCCGCGACCGCGUCGCUGCUCGCGGCUGCCGCGGCCCUGCUGACCUGCCUGCUCAACUUCCAGGGCUCCAUUAACGAGCGGCACUGGUGGCUCUACGUGCGGCCGCUGGCGGCGUUGCGGGGCCCGGGCGGCCCCUUUGCGCCCGACCCCAAGCGGCUCGGCCCCCUGCAGUUUGUGCCGCUGGCUGUGCGCGUCAUGGCCACCUGGACGUUCACGACGUUCGUGUAUGUCAUGUUUGAGGACGUGGCGGCCCUGGUGCGCGACACGGGGCUGGCCGCGGUGUUCGCGUCCGCGCUGCCGCUGGGGCCGCUGCUCUGCCUGGGCCUGACGGCGCUGCGGCUGCGGCUCGACGCCCUGAAGCUGCUCGACGGCUGCCGGCGGCCGGCGCCGCGGCGCGCGGCGGGGGUCGGGAAGUCGUGGCGCGCGGUGAUCGCCUGCCAGGUCCUGGCCAGCAUUCUGUCCACCUCCCUCAUGGCCGGCCUCGGCAGCCGCCAGCUGCAGACCCUGCUGCCUCCAGCCCUGCAGGACGCCGCCGCGCAGGUUGCCCUCUCGGCGGCCUCCCCCAACAAGCUCGUGGAUCCCCCAGGGCCCUCUUUCCCACACUCACAAAGCGGCUCCCCUCCCACCGACGCCGCCGACGCACUCUCCCGAGCCGCGUUGGCGGCUGCCGCGGCCGCGGCGGCGCUGGACGGCGCUGCGGAGGGCGGCGGCGGCGGCGGCGGCGAAGGGGGCGCCGUGUUUGUCGCGGCGGUGUCGGGCGCGCACAUCGGGGGCCCGAUGGUGCUCGCGCGGCCGGGGCCGCUGCUGCUGGCUGUGGUGCUGGAGCACGUUCUUCUGAUAGCCGUGCUGCUCAUCCACUUCUGCAUACCUGACGAGCCGGAGGCCGUGAGGGCGGCCGCAGCCCGCCUUCAGCUUGAAGCGCGCCAGAAGCGGGUUUCGUCCGACGGCUGGGGGGCGGCCGCUGCGGCGCCGGCGCCGGCGGCGAUGCGGCUGCGGGCCAUGAAGGGUGGGCUGCCGCCAGCUUUGCCGCCUGCUGGGUAA